AUGGGGCCGCCGCGGGGCUGCCUGCCCGGGUUCUGCCUCCUGCUCCUGCUGCAGGUGGGCCGGCAGCUGGGCGAGCCGGCGGAGCCGUGCCGGGCUGGCUUUACUUCGGAGCGGUUCACGUUCGUGGUGCCCCGUGCGCAGCUGCUCCGGGGCCAGAUCCUGGGCCAAGUGAGGUUUGAGGACUGCACGAGAUGGAAGCUAGGGCUGUAUGAUGCAGAUGAUGCUGACUUCCGUGUGCUGGUGAAUGGGACGGUCUUGAUGAGACACCACACCCAGCUGCAUGGGCAGGGGAAGACUUUUACCGUGGAUGCCUGGGAUUCCACUGGCAAGAAAUUCUCUGCUUCAGUGACUGUGAAGACUCAAAGCCCUCACUCCACACAGGAAGCUGCUUCAGACCAUCAAGCAGAGGUGCUGAUGUUCCCACAGGCCAGACUUGGUCUGCAGAGACAGAAGAGGGACUGGGUGAUCCCUCCAAUAAGGGUUCCUGAAAAUGAGAGGGGCCCAUUCCCUAAAAAGCUGGUGCAGAUCAAAUCCAAUCGGGAUAAAGCGACCAAGAUUAUCUACAGCAUCACAGGGCAGGGUGCAGACACCCCUCCCAAUGGCGUCUUCACCAUUGAGGCCAAGACCGGCUGGAUGAUGGUGACUCAGCCCUUGGACAGAGAAGACAUCGACAAAUACCAUCUCUUCUCUCACGCUGUGUCUGAGAAUGGCAAACCUGUGGAGGAGCCCAUGGAGAUCAUCAUCACCGUGACAGAUCAGAAUGACAACAAACCCCAGUUCACCCAGGAGCUCUUCAGAGGCUCGGUCCUGGAAGGAGCACUGCCAGGUACUUCUGUGAUGCAAGUAACUGCCACCGAUGCAGAUGAUGCUAUAGAGACCUACAAUGGGGUCAUUGCAUACUCCAUCCUGAACCAAGAGCCUAAGGAACCCCAUCCCCAGAUGUUCACCAUCCACAGAGCCACUGGAGCCAUCAGUGUGAUUGCAAGUGGUCUAGACAGAGAGAGAGUGAGAGAAUACACACUGACGCUGCAGGCUGCAGACUUGGAUGGGGAAGGCUUAACAACCACUGCAUCCGCUGUGAUAGAGAUCGCGGACACCAAUGACAACGCUCCAGUGUUUGACCCCAAAACGUACACCGUGGCAGUGCCGGAGAACGAAGCGGGCCGCGAGGUCCAGAGGCUGACCGUGACGGACACAGAUGAGGUCAACACGGCAGCGUGGCAGGCUGUGUACACCAUUGUGCGAGGCAACGAAGGAGGCUUCUUCACCAUCACCACGGAUCGCGAGACCAAUGAAGGCAUUCUGCGAACAGCUAAGGGCCUAGACUUCGAAGUGAGAAGCCAAUUUGUCCUCUACGUGGCAGCCACCAAUGAGGAGCCCUUUGUCGUGAAGCUCACUACCUCCACGGCCACUGUCACAGUGAAUGUGGAGGAUGUGAAUGAGGCACCUGUCUUCGACCCACCUAUCCGGACAGCUCAGGUCUCAGAGGACGUGCCUAUUGGGCAGAAAAUCACCUCCUACACUGCUCAGGACCCAGACAAAAUGCAGAGUCAGACGAUCCGGUACCGCAUCGGGAAUGACCCUGCAGGGUGGCUGGAGAUUCACCCAGAAAACGGCAUUGUAACAGCGAAGGCCCAGCUGGACAGAGAGGCUGUGUUUGUGAAGAACAACACCUACCCAGCCAUUGUGCUGGCCGUGGACGAUGGCACCCCUCCUGCCACUGGCACGGGCACCUUGCUUCUGACUCUUCUGGAUGUGAACGACAACGGGCCUGAGCCAGACCCUCGUGAGAUCACGGUCUGCAACCAGAAUCCAGUGCCACAGGUCCUGACCAUCAGUGACAAGGAUCUGCCUCCGAACACCUCCCCCUUCAGAGCAGAGCUCAUCCAUGGAUCUGGUGUGAGCUGGGCUGCAGAAAUGGACAGUAAAGGGGAGACGCUCACCUUGAAGCUGAUGGAGCCAUUGAAGAAAGACAUCUACCAAGUUUACCUGCGGCUCUUUGACAACCAGAACAAAGACCAGCUGACUGUCCUCAAGGCAGAAGUGUGCAACUGCGAGGGGCAUGCAGAGAAGUGCCCAGAGGAGCGGCUGCCUGUUCUGGGGGUCCCCAUCAUUCUGGCCAUCCUGGGGGCUAUUCUGGCCCUGCUGAUCAUCCUGCUGCUGCUGCUGCUCUUUGUGCGGCGGAGGAAGGUGGUGAAGGAGCCCUUGCUGCUCCCCGAGGACGACACCCGGGACAAUGUCUUCUACUAUGGCGAGGAGGGAGGUGGCGAGGAAGACCAGGACUACGACCUCAGCCAGCUGCACCGCGGCCUGGAGGCUCGCCCCGAUGUCAUCGUCCGCAAUGACGUGGUGCCAACCCUGCUGCCAGCUCCCCAAUAUCUGCCUCGACCUGCCAACCCCGAUGAGAUCGGCAACUUCAUUGAUGAGAACCUGAAGGCGGCAGACACUGACCCCACUGCCCCACCGUAUGACUCCCUGCUGGUGUUUGACUACGAGGGCAGCGGCUCUGAGGCAGCCUCGCUCAGCUCCCUCAACUCCUCCGCCUCGGACCAGGACCAGGACUACAACUACCUGAACAACUGGGGCGGCCGCUUCAGGAAGCUGGCGGACAUGUAUGGUGGGGGCGAGGAUGAGUAAGGGGGGGCAGUCAGAAUCUGCUGGGAUGCACGAUUUUCUCCAGGAAGCUCCGCAGAGCAGCUUGUCUUGCAUGGAGCAACUGGCAGGCUGGAGCUUCAAUGGGCAAACUCACUGGCCUGGGUCCCUUCACAUGAGAGAGCCCAGUUCUGGCUCCUGUUGGGUGCCCAUCUCUCCAUGCCACCUUCAGGGCUGAGCCCUGAUUGCCUGGUGGGUGUGAUGCUUCCUGGAGCUGAGGAGCCUAGUGUGACUUUCCUGGAGACUUGCAAACAGCCUUGUACCCAGACCUGGCUGUGCCUGGAAGCCUUAUGAAGCUGCUGGUGCCUUCUGGAUCUUAAGACACAGUUGCCUGCCAGGGAAAAUAAAAGCCCAUCUUAUGAAUCCCUAACUCCUAGAAUAUCCCCGAGGCCUGGAGACCUCUGGCUCCUGAUUCUGAACUGUGGCUGGUUCACCUCCUUCUGUGAAAUUUGUCAAACUCCAGUGCAUCAGGGU